GCGACAUCUGGAGGAGGCCUGGGUCGUAGAAGCUGAGCGUUGAAGGGUCGCAACAUCCAAGCUGUCGUCCGUUGUUACUACAGCCAUUGCUUCUUGUCAUUCAUCUAUCAACGGCAAUCACCAUGGUGUUUGGUCCCGCCAGCGCUCAGAAAGCGAAGAAGUCGGGAAGUGCCGGCACCAAGAGGAAGCGCGAGCCGAAGCAAACGCAGCUAUCAUUUUCUCAACCUUCAAAACCGAACGACGUGCAAGAUGCAAUCGUAGCAGCGUUCAAUUCACGUCCCGCGACGUCAUCGCCUCCGCUGGCGCCGGCCUCUUCUGCGCCAAUUGAGAUCCCUGAAGAGGAAUCCAGUGACGUUGAGGUGACGGACGAGCUGGCGAAGAAAGAGAAGGGAAUGUCUACGCCAAACAAGAGCAAGGAACUGCCAGAGCCGGUUCAGGAGGUAUCGAGUAGUGACGACGAGUUGGAUGAACUGGUGAUGGAUAAGGCGCCAAAGUCUAUAUCUUUAGCUUUGCGACGCUCUGGUACGACGUCUAGCGAAGAAGAUGAUGAUGAGGAACCCAGGAAGAAGCAAAUGACGCCUGCGAAACGGAGGGUGGAGUCUUCAUCAGACACGGCGUCAGAAAGUCGUGAGCCCGUGAACAAACGUUCAAGACGGGACACUGGCAAGAGAGUGGAUGGAGAGGCCAAAAAGGAGAAACCAGAGACCAAGAACGCGAACGCGAAAGUCCUUCUUCGUGCUUCUCUGUCGCCGAAGCAGAAAAAACAGGCGCCGCCCAGACCCGCGGGAAGGGUUGCGAAGAAGGGGGUCAUCCUUUCAAAUGACGACGAAGACGAGGAGGAUGAAGAUGCUAUCGUCGGGCCUAAAUCCCGGCGGAAACGCUACAUUCCUCGUGCUGACGACAAGGAGGCCAGCAGUAAGUCAAACGCCUCGGAUAACGAUGUGGACGAAGAGCUCAAGCGAGAAGCCGUUUCACUACGCUCAACAAGAGUCAUCAAAGAGCGAACACGGGGUCGCAACGCACCACAAACGAAGAAGACUGCAUUCCAGAAAAAGCUGGAGAUGCUAAAGAGGAAGAAGCAAGGUCAUGACGUGGACGUUCUCGGAAAAGAAUCCCAGUCUGGAUCCGAGGAGGAUGGGGAGGAUGAUUCGGAUGAGGGCAGUGAUGCAGGAUUCAUCGAUUACGACGAAGAAGAAGGAUUGGGGGCGGACCAGGUAGCAAUGGCCACGCCAUGGGAAUUCACACGUGAGAGCCACCAAAAACUCAGUCACCACUUCAAGGUCUUUAUCCAACACGAAGUCCACGCAAUGCUCGACCCGGAGUUUGCUGACGCUGAUCACUUAACUACAAACGACUACUUCCGUGGAGCCUUACAGUCCCUCGAAAGGAAGAUGGGACCGAUCCGGGAUUCGGUUAUUAAUAGUUCGGCAUGGAAGAAACCAUUCAUGAGGGCGUUGAAGACUCGCCCGUUCAUCGAUACUUUCGCCAAUCAUGACGGGUACAACUGCGACGCCUGCAAUAUCACGAACCGCAAGGCGACAUACCGUGUCUACCUCAGCGGACCUAGAUAUGAUCCCAAAACUCUGCAAUCAUACGAAGAAGCGGACGACGCAUCGUCGGGCUCAGCUAUCUCCAGCGCGAGUGACUCCGAACACGAACAAACCAAGCGAAAGAGUCAAAAGUCAGAUUGGUAUUUGGGAAGGUCAUGUUUUGCACGAACGAUCCAUUCGCAUUAUUUCUAUCAUUGGAGGUAUCAGAUGAGGUGUGAGCUCACUGACAUAUUGGAAGGGGAUAACUAUCACUUGGGUGAGGGCAAAGGUAUUGAUGAAGUCGUUGAGGAGUUGGAUAAGCAGGGAGAGACGAGUCGGUUGUGGUCCGAGUGGAAGAAUAAGCUGGCAGCGGUGGAGGAGUUCCUGGUGACUGGAUAGCCAUAGCAACACUGACAGUUCAAACCACC